AUGGUGCAGUUGAUAAAUAACAAACAUCUAACACAUUCUCUUACAAGGGAUAUUCCUAGAUCUUUCAAAGAAUUUAAGGCUGAUAUUAUUUCUAGACAUCAGAAAGAAUGUAUCAUUCUACAGCCAUCUUUCUGGGAUAAAGACCAAGUUAGUCCAGAUAUCGAUUACGAAGAAGGAACUUCUAGUGAAAUAGAGGAAUCAAAACCCGAUAACGUAUCAUCCAAUAAAAUCAACAAGUAUACCGGAUCUGAAAAAGAUCCAGUCCAAGGUGGUAGAUUGGGAAAAUAUUGGUCCAUUUUAACAUGUGGGGCAGGUCUAUUUUCAGAUGGUUAUAUCAACAAUUCCAUAUCUACUGUUUCUACCUGUCUUUCAAAAGUCUAUGGUAAAGCUUAUACUGAAUCUAAUGCAAUCAAGAAUGUCGCCUCAAUUGUAUUUGUUGGUACUGUUGUAGGUCAAUUGGUGUUUGGUUAUGCUGCCGAUCAUUAUUCUCGUAAAGCUUCGAUGCUAGUCGGUACCGUUUUCCUCGUUGUGUUUGCAAUUAUGUGUGGUGGUGCAUGGGGUAUUCACACUACAGAUUCACACCCUGGUGGAUUGUUUGCUGCUUUGACAAUAUAUAGAUUUUUCCUUGGUAUUGGUAUUGGUUCCGAAUAUUCUUCUGGUUCACCAGCCGCUGCAGAAGCUGCAAACUGUUUACCAAAACGUUGUAGAAAUAGAUGGUUUAUUUGGUUUACUAACCUGGCUAUUAAUUGUGGUUCUGUUGUGGGCGCAUUUGUUCCAUUAGUAUUAGUUUGGAUUUGUGGUGAAAAACAUUUAACUCCUGUUUGGAGAAUUUCCUUAGGGAUGGGCGCAAUUUGUCCAAUGAUUCUUUUCUUUUUAAGAUUAAGAUUCAAAGAAUCUGAAGCUUUUGAAAAGACUAAAUUCACUAAAGGUCUUCCAUAUUUACAAAUUAUUAAAUUCUAUUGGUAUAGAUGUUUAAUAAUUUCAGUAAUUUGGUUUUUAUAUGAUUUUUCAGCAUAUGGAUUCGGUACAUAUUCUUCAAUUAUUAUUGGUCUUGUAUUACCUAAGAAGGCCUCUUUAGCCAAAAAUUUCGGUUGGCACGUAGUUUUAACAUUGUUUAAAUUACCAGGAUCUUACCUUGGUGCAUACUCAUCUGAUUAUUUUGGUGCUAGAUUUUCCAUGACAAUCGGGUUAUUACUUCAUGCAGCUUUAGGGUUUGGUAUCGGUGGUGGCUUAAAACAUUUAACUAAACAUAUUGGUGGUUUUGUCGUCAUCUAUGGUGUUUUUUCAUCGUUAGAUGGGUUUUCUGCAGGUGAUAAUAUUGGUUACAUCGCUGCAUCUAUCAAUGCAACACCAGUAAGAGGUACAUUAUAUGGUGUAGCUGCAAUGGUUGGUAAGAUUGGUGCAUUUGUUGGUUCUUAUAUUUUCCCAUCUUUAAUUAAACGUCAUGGAUUAGCUUCAGCUUAUUAUGUUUGUUCAGCGUUAGCUGUCUUUUCUGCAUUUUUAACAUAUUUCUGUUUACCUGAAUUAGAUAAAGAAGCAAUGGAUAGGGAAGAUAUAUUAUUUAAAGAAUAUUUGGAGAGUCAAGGGUAUGAUAUCACUUUAAUGGGUUUACAUCGUAAUGAUCUUGAAGAUAGUGUUAUCGAUACAAAUACUGCUAGUUUUGAAGUUAAUGAAGAUGAUACUAAGGAUGAACAUAAACAUAUUGUUGGAACAUAUGCAAUCGAUAGUGGAAAUAACUCUGAUAAUAACAGUUCAAGUUCAAUAGCCGUGAAAGAAACUGAAUAA